AUGUCCACCAAGGUAAAUCUCGGAAAGGCCAAUACCCAACUUGGUGAAUUCAAGGUAGCGCAGAGCUUGCUGCAGGAUGUUAUCUUUAUUUAUACUGAAUGGUGGGGCCGCCGCCAUCCCGACACUAUGCGCGUGGUGGACGAGCUAGCUUCAGCAUUCAUGGUGGAAGGCGAGCAUAAAAUCGCCUCGGGUGUAUGUGCAGCUUCGGAAGUUCAGAAUGCGGAAGAGCUUUGGAAUGAAGCCUUGGACUUCUAUGGAGACACCUACGGAAAUCAAUCUGAUUUGGCAGGUCGUAUCAAAACUAAUUUACAAUAUUUAUAUAACUUGAGGCCGAGACAUAGGUAA